GCACUUCUGACUUGAGUCUUGAAACGCUGCCCCUUUCUCUCUCGUUUUUCAUAUGAACAAAAUGUCCAACUUCUUUGUUCUCCUUUGUCUCCUCUUCUUUGCUGCUUCUGGCUUUGUUACUGGAUCUGUCGAGAACAAGAUUCGCAUAUACGAGCUCAAGAAAGGCGAUGUUUCCUUGAAGGUCACUAACUGGGGUGCUUCCAUUCUGUCUCUGGUGCUUCCUGAUAAGAACGGAAAGCUGGGCGAUAUUGUUCUUGAAUAUUAUUCCAUCAAGGAUUACACUACGAACACAACGAACUUUGGUGCUACUGUCGGUCGGGUUGCUAAUAGAAUUAGAGGAGCUCAGUUUACUCUUAAUGGAACUGUUUACAAACUAGUUGCUAACAGUGGAAACAAUACAAUUCAUGGUGGAGCCAGAGGUUUUGCUGAUGUUGUCUGGAAUGUGGAAAGGUAUCAAAGAGAUGGUAACAGUCCAAGCAUCACAUUUAGCUACCACAGCGUUGAUGGUGAACAAGGAUUUCCUGGUGACCUCAUAGCAACAGCAAACUACACUCUACUUGGGAAAGACCAAUUGAGCAUAACUAUGAAAGCGAGAGCCUUAAACAAGGCCACACCAGUGAACCUGGUGAACCACGUGUUUUGGAACUUGGGGAAUCAUAACAGUGGCGAUAUUCUGGGCGAUGUGGUGCAGAUAUUUGGAUCCAAAAUCACAGCUGUUGAUAGCAAAAACAUUCCCACUGGAGAAUUCACAUCAGUGAAAGGAACCCCGUAUGAUUUCCUGGAACCACGCACUGUUGGAAGCAGGAUCAACCAGUUGCCUAAAGGUUAUGACAUCAAUUACGUGCUUGAUGGAGAAAAUGGGAAAAUGAAGAUGGCAGCCAAAGUGCAUGAUAGCAAGUCUGGGAGAAUGAUGAAGCUUUUCACGAAUGCUCCUGGUGUGCAGUUUUUUACUGCUAAUAGCCUCAAGGACGUGAAAGGGAAAGGCGGGUUUGUGUAUCAAGCUCAUGCAGGACUGUGUUUGGAGACUCAAGCCUUCCCUGACUCAGUGAAUCACCCUAAUUUUCCUUCAACUAUUGUGACCCCAGAAAAGCCUUACCGGCAUUACAUGCUCUUUAAGUUUUCCACCAAGCCUCCCUCAGCCGUUUCUACAUGACUUGGCCUUUGAACAUUCUCUCCUUCCUUGUGUAACUUGCUAAUCAGUGUACUAAGCAUUCAGCUCCUGAUCAGUUCACCAAAAUUGUGGUUCUUCAAAAUGAAUAAUAAGAAACUAUUUUGCGGUUA